AUGUUCGCGUUAAGCAUCCGCUCCAUCACCAACUCUAGAGUUGUUGGCCCCCUAGCCAUCUUCGCCCUAUCCACGCAAACCCGCACCCUUUACUUCUGCGGUCCUAAGCAAGGCGAUCACGAUGCAGACCUACCCAUCUCCGAACACUACCACGCGCGUCUACGAGCAUCAGAUCCAAAACCAAGAUCCACCGCAGACUCGGCACCAACCACUACGCCCACCCGUCCUACUCCUCCACCCACUCAGCCUACCACUACAACAGACACAAUCCCCACCCUCCGUAUCUCCGUUACGCACGUGCCACCAAACCUAUCAGCCCGGCAUACAAUGCCGUCUGCCAACAAGCUUGAGAACUCUAGGAAGGCGUUUGGGCAGCUGGAGGCAGCAACUCACGAUGGGACUACAGACUACAACAACACCCUUGCCAUUAUCCGGGAGAUUGCAAGGCUCCAGUUUGAGCUGAGGAGGGGCCAGGUGGAGGGUAAGCCUUUUGAGGAGUUAGAGAAGAUUAGGAGGGAGAUCGAGGAUUUGAGGAAUGCGUUUGAGAGGAUUGGGAGGAGAUGGGGUAUCUAG